UUUUGGGAGGUUUUAUACUGCCGCAUUCCGAGUCUCCGGCCUCGAAAGGAGGGUGGUAGCUUAUUCUGUCAUUCAAAUCCGAGAGAGAGAGAGAGAGAGAGAGAGAGGAAAUUGGUUGGUGCGGUAGGGGACGAAGAGGUGGUAGACUUCGAGCCCGAUGAAGAUGAUCUCAUGGACAAGAAGGCCGGCGCUGCCGAGGCCGACCCCUCGCCUGCACCCAAGCUCCGAUCCACGAUCGCCGGAAACGCCUUGGGCCCGAGGAAGACCAAAGGCAGAGGCUUCCGCGAGUCGGAGCUAGGGAUUUCGAUUCCCUCGAGUCCGAUGGCGGUCCCGAUCCUCAACGCUAUUGAGGGGUGGAUUAUACUGGUCACCAGGGUCCAUGAAGAGGCACAGGAGGAUGAUCUGCACAACGCCUUUCAUCAAUUUGGUCAGGUCAAAAAAUUGCAUCUAAAUCUUGAUCGUGGCACUGAAUUUGUCAAGUGGCAUAUGGAGCUAUAGUGUGCAACAACGGACACAAUGGGGUACUCUCUGGCUAUGAAGCACGAACAGGCUAUAUAUAUAUAUAUAU